AACUAAAGUUUAACAAUUUUUAAUUCAUUUCACAUGUGUUCAUCAUCCUAUACAUUUUAGAUGAUAAAAACAAUAAAUUGUAAGUUUUAUUCAUUUCUAAUUCAAAUUACUAUAUAUAUUUUUAUAAAUAGAUAUAAUAUUGUAAUAUAAAUAGUAAAUACAAUGUUAUUUGUUUAAAAACCCGGGCGUAGCCCGGGCAAGAUCUCUAGUGUUCAUAAAUAACUAAUUCCAAAGAAAAUUAAACAAAGUAUUCAAUUUUAAUCUGAAAAGUAAACCUUUCUAGAAAUAUAUCAUUCUUGAAUUAGUUCUGUAUAAUAUACCAAACGUGUGAAAUGUCGAUUGUUUCUUCAUCACUAAGGUAUUACAGACGUUUGGCUAUUUAAUCUCGAGAAAAAAUAUUUUUAUUUUUGCUAUACGGACCCCAAACCAGCAAUGGUGCCCCACAAAAUAUUUCUUGCUUUUACAAAGUUGGCUCUACAAGUUUUCAAACCCGCCAUAGUGCAACAUGACUCAAAAGCUGCUUAUACAGUAUAAUAUACGGUUGUAUACCGUAUUUUAAAGUGACUAAAAUACCCCUGUUUAUUUGUCCAUAAAUAUCAAGCUCCAACAAUGCAAUUCUUCCCUUUUCCCCUUCUAAUCUCUCUCAUCUCUCUACUAGGAAAAAAUAAGCAAUUAUGUUGUCCACUGUACCGGCCUUUUCCAUGUCUGAACCGGGUUUAGUUAAUCAAUUUCAGGGAUUCCAAACCGGGUUCACUCCUUGGGAAUGGGACUGCUCUGAUCUCUUUUCCGUUAACCAGCUGUCUCUUGAACCGGCCGUUCCCAGUCCAUGUUUUGCUGAAUCCGACUCUGGUCUCGUCAAAAUUAAAUCUGGUUUUGAUGACAUCAAACCCGGUUCUGAUGAAAAUUAUACCGGUUUCAUCAAAACUAAACCCGGUUUUGACGAAGCCCAAAGUUCCCACGGCGUACCAGAUGAACCGGACUCGGACGACCCAAAACAAUGGACAGCCAUCGUGAGUUUACACUCGGGAGAGCAGAAUCAUAACCGGAAUAAACUAAUUCAACCGGAGAUGACCGAGGAGAAGAAGAGGAAGAGGAUGGAAUCGAACCGGGAAUCAGCGAAACGGUCGAGAAUGCGUAAACAAAGUCACAUUAAUAACUUAAGGAACCAAGUAAACCAGCUCGACAUGGAAAACCGUGAGCUCAAGAACCGGCUCCAGUUACUUACAUACCAGCUUCAACGAGUGAAUACAGACAACAUCCAGCUCGUGGCGGAACAAGACAUUCUCCGGUUAAGAUUGUCGGAGAUGAGGCGGAUCCUGAUGAUCAGACGACAACAACAAUGGGAACUCAAUAACCGGAGAAUGAUCAUGACUGAACAAAACCCAUCUACGAUCAUGGAUCAUAUGAUAUAUAUAAGUAAAUAAUAAAAACAAAAAAAAAUUAGAACGAUACCAUCAAUCUCUUUCUUUGUCUCUCUAUCUCUCUAUGUAAAUGACAUUGAAGGUUAGGGCAGAGGAAAAGAAAGUUUUCGAGAAGGAGAAGAAGAUGAAAAAGUUUUAUUUUUUGUAAUCUUUUUUUUUUCCACUCUCGUAGGAAGUGAUCGUUGUCGUGUUAUGAUAAAUAACUAAAAGAGUUAUCACA